GCAGAGACCCAAAGCAACGAAUGAGAAACCUCAAACUGGCGUUACGGGAAUGUUCCGACAAAAAGGGCGUGGGUAUUUAACGUUCCACUAUGUAGCAAAGGAUCAAAACGUUGACAUAAACAGUUCUUAUUACACAGAUUUAAAGGUAAGUGAUCUUCGGGAGCGUCAUCAGGUUCCAUAGUGUAGCGGUUAUCACGUCUGCUUUACACGCAGAAGGUCCUGGGUUCGAGCCCCAGUGGAACCAAUGAAUGUUUUCUGCCUCAAGACUCAUUUAACUUAUUAUCAAUUGAGAAAUACUUGGACUGUCAAAACAACAACAGCUUAAACACUGAUCAAAUCAAAAUGUGGCUGUCAUCACCAGCUAAAACAGGCUGACAUCAGCAGAAUGUGAUGGAUGGUUCCUUUAUUGUAAGGUUGCAGCAGCACGAGUUUACUAAAACACUUAAGUCAGUUCCAGUUGCAGAGACCUGGGUACAUGACACAAGUGGUACAUAUUGAAGCAGGCCCGGCAGCAUGGGCGGGCAUUGGGGGGCCGUGCCCGCCCACUGAGUCAGCUGUGCCCACCCUGGACUAAAAGCAAAAUGUUCUAUUAAUUUGAUUUGGGGUUUGUUUUUUCCCGUCAGAGUAGUCAUCUUCAAUUAAUCCCAUCUAUCUUGACAUGUCAAUCAAUCCAACCAAUCCAAUCGAUCAAAAGCAACGUGUUGGCCACUUACAGGUAAAGGGGGGAUGGGCCGCUUACUGUGUCAAAGGUCAAAUAUUCAUAGACCAACUCAGCGCAGCGGAAGAAAGACUUGGCGGUUAGCAUUGGCGUUCUAUUAAAAAUGGAUAUAAGUAUGACAACCACUGACGGGAGCAAGCAGAAGCGUAAUGUGAGCAAACAGAAGUUUACGAAGUGCUUUGACAAAAGUUGUAAAGCAUAGAACAUCAGCACAUGGAAAUAAAAACAAAUAAAAAACAAAAGCUCAGUUAAAAAUAAGGCCUCAGAAUUGAAGGUCGAAUUCAUUUGUCACAAGGAACCCAGACUAUACAAGAACCCUACAACAUAAAAUGAGACCACGAGGACCAAAAUAAAAACAGAAAAUAGGUAAGAAAAAGAAAUGUAAUAAAAAAGGGGGGGGGGGGGGGGGGGCAGAAAGCAGGAAACAGGAUGGUAAAUAUAAAAAGACGAUAUUAGAAAUGCUAAUAGAAUCAUAACAAAAUAAUAAUGAUGGUAAUAGUGAUAAAAUGGAAUAACAAAAAUGAGCAGGAAAAAAACAAUAAAAUAUAUAAGAGGCCUAAAAGGUUAAAUAGGAAAAGAUUAUAAGUAAAACAAAGUAAGUCAAAAUAAGAUUGAGGUAAAAGAGAUAAAAGAAAAAAGGGAAAAAAGUUCAAUAUCAAAGUAAAGAUACAUAUUUUUAAAUCUUUUAUAUAAGGUAGUUAAGUAAAUGUGAUGGGGGAGAAAAUCUGUUUAUGUUAGGAAUAAACCUCUGUUUUUAAUUCCCAUCUACCCCAUCUAAAGUCAGUGCCCCAGUUUAGCACAGAGAAUGGGUUAAUCUACUGGCUGCUUCACUUUGCAAAUAUGCUGUUCAUGGAGAAUGGGAAAGAUGUCUCAUUAUUUAGACAACAUUAAUGUGAUAUCAGCCCUGUGAGAACCCAUCAAAAUAUGGUCCAGACUGUGUCAAAACGCCAUUAAUCGGCCCAAGUGAUUAAAAAUGUACUCACCAAAUCUCCAAAUGCAGUAAACUUGAAUCUUUCGACCAGAAUAUCCUCUUGUUUGAAGCGUAACUUUGUAGUUAAAUUACGGGAAAUCCCUUAAAAUUACCUAUUUUAACUGACUUUCACGUCAAUAACAGGGGACAGCAGCGCCAUCUAUGUUCCGACCAACUUCUGCUUCCAAAUGUAGUUCCUGUCUCACUGACAGUCACGUAUUUUUAAGAAAUUCAAUCUAUCUAAGUACAAAAGGCAAAUACUGCCAACUGUUACGAGGUUAGAAAAGAUAGAUCAUCUUGUAUUUAAAAAAUUGGCGUUUUCUAGUUUACACAACCGGAUAUUGUCUCUUUGUAGGAUCCUGGUGUCACAGUCAUUUGUGUCCCCUAAAAUGGCGAACGUAGCUGCAGCUGCAGCCGCCGCAGCCGCUGCUGCCGCCGCGAACAGAGACCCAGCCGUUGACCGCUCAUUACGCUCGGUGUUUGGUAAGUUCGGUAUCGGUUCGUGCCACCGUAUGAACAGCGGUGCCGUUUAGUUUCAAUAUAACUGUUGUAUUAAACUGCUAAUGAAUAAACGGUUGCUAACGUGAGUAGCCAGCUACUGGCAACGAGGGAGCAAAGUUAGAGUGAGCCACCUGAGCAUCGAAACAAAGCUUUCUAAACAAUUUCAACGAGCUUUUGGUAUAUUAAUAUUUAUUCUCAUACACUUUAACUUCGCAGUGGGAAAUAUUCCGUAUGAAGCCACCGAAGAACAGCUCAAAGACAUCUUUUCUGAAGUCGGUCUUGUUGUCAGCUUCAGGUAAGUGAGACAUGAUCAUUCAUUCAAUUAUGUUAGCAUUAGAGGACCCAUCCUUAACACCCAAGACACAAGUGGUCAGUUCUUUUCCUUGAUCUUUGAUAUUUGAUGAUUAUUAACCUCGUAAAAUUAUUAAAACUAUCUAUUAAUACGAGUAAUUAAUUGCAUUGGAUUUCAUAAAAGCAUUUAUGCCCCUUUCUCUCCAGGUUAGUAUAUGACAGAGAGACAGGAAAGCCAAAGGGGUAUGGCUUCUGUGAAUACCAAGACCAGGAGACGGCCCUCAGUGCCAUGAGAAACCUGAAUGGAAGGGAGUUCAGUGGUCGGGCCCUCCGUGUUGACAAUGCAGCCAGUGAGAAAAACAAGGAAGAACUCAAAAGUAAGUACUGGUUUGCCCCUGGAUAAUGUGCCUUUGGUAUUAUAAAGACUUUGUGCAAAGCUUCAGCUCUCUGAUAUUUUUUAUCUUGUACAGGUUUGGGAACUGGAGCCCCCAUCAUUGAAUCCCCUUAUGGAGACAGCAUCCAGCCAGAGGAAGCCCCAGAAUCCAUCAGCAGAGCUGUGGCUAGUCUGCCACCUGAGCAGAUGUUUGAGCUGAUGAAACAGAUGAAGGUAGGCUUAGUUUUUUAAUCAAAAGUUAUUCAGUUCCGACUAAAUUACUGUUAGUCUCCUUUUACUUUUUGAAGUAAGUUGAUGUCUUGAGCACUGCCUCUGCUGCUUGUGGGGAUUUUUGUGACCACACAAACUGUUUGCCUGAAUUGACAACAAAUUAUUUGGCAGUAAAUUUUAGUCAAUAAAAUGUAUCCAUUUCUUCUUAGGUUUUCCUUAAAAAGAGUUUAAAAUCCCUUUAAAGUCUCAAAGAGUAGUGAUAAGGUUUGAUUUAAGUUUAUAUUUCUAAGACUGAAUCUUUGUUGUUCACUCUACAGAUCUUUGCUUGUUUUAUUUUUGGGGUUAAGAGGCAGUUUCAAAUGCACAGAUUGUGCUGGUUAAACUAAGUUAAAGAAGUGUUCUUUUUUAGCUUUAUGUUUUAGUAACAAAAUAAUGCUGUGAGAAUGACUUUAUUUUUGUCUCCUAGAACCUCCAUUUUGUUCAUAAAUGUACAUUUCUCCUGGUUGAGAUUUGUUUACUUUGAAAGAAAAAGUAUGUGGUGGCACAAAAACCCAGUUUUUGCUCUGGUACUAGAAUUUUAUGAAGUCCAGACUCUGUUGUUAUGAAUGAUCCCUGCACCUGGUUCAUCAGUGACAGAGCUGUAUUUGGCUGAAUUGAUGUUUCAAUCCUGCACAGUGGUUUAGUCUCUUCAAAAAAAACUAAUAGCAGAUGUAGUGUCUGUUUAUGUAAAUGUAAAGCAUCUCACCACUUUGAUAAAGGUUUUAUCUUAUUAAGAAGCCAAAGUAAAAUUUCAAAAGUUUAAAUACAAGUUAUAAUUGACAGCAACACUUAAGAGUGAAGUACCAAAGACAGCUAAUGAGUGAAUCUAUUGAACCUAAAGUAAUGAAGUUUUCUCUGAAGCCAUGUGCUCAGAUGGUGUUUGUAAUGCAGUGUUGACCUCCAAACACUCCUCAAAAAAUGUCUCCCUCACUUCCCGGUCAUCAGCUGCUACUCUUCCUCUCCUUUCAUUAUCGGAAGCUGUGCCACACAGUAUGUCUGUCUCAGCCCUGCAAGAGAAUCCUUAUCUCUGCACAUCUGGCAGUCUGCUUCAUUAAGCUCAAAGAAACCCCACACUGCAGACAUUUUCCCUCUGACUAGGGGAGUGUUUUGUUGCACCCAAGCUUGUUUAGAUAGGACAGCUCCAUAUGAUACCACAGAUAUCCCAGCACGCCUUUUGUUUAAUGUUUUGUGCUGACGCAGCUACUUUAGCUUGUUAUGGGCAUGAAUCUGAAUUAUCAGUAAGAAGACAGGAACCACAGCGGUAUGUCUCGCCCAUCAGGAUGUAAUAGAAGCUCUCUUUUAUGACAAAACAUGUGAGUUUUCUGUUUUUUUCUCUGCCUAAUUGACACAAGGACAUUGGGGAUUGACUUGCAUCAUGUUUGUGAUUUAUUUUUUCCUCCAGCUGUGUGUGCAGAACAGCCCUCAGGAGGCGAGGAACAUGCUGCUGCAGAACCCUCAGCUUGCCUAUGCUCUGCUGCAGGCCCAGGUGGUCAUGAGGAUUGUGGACCCUGAGAUAGCCUUGGUGAGAGAUAAAUAGCUGCUUAUCGUAAAAUAAGCAAGGUUAAAACAAUAAGCUGUGACUCAAUUAUCAUAGGAACUAGAUUCUUUUCUGAGCUUAGCCGCCUCAUGUACCCCCUUCUAUAGAAAAUGCUUCAUCGUCAAACUGCAGUCCAGCCUCUGAUUCCUGCUGGCCAGGGUGGAGGAGCGCCGCCUGUUAAUCCACCUGCUGCUCCGUCUAAUGUGCCUGUGUCUCAGCCUCAGCCUGUCGUAAGUAGAACUGUUUUGCACUCUUUUAAAAUUAAAGUAAGAUUUCCUUUCUGUUCAAUGGAGUAGCCGUGGAAAAGGCUGCAAUAUCACAGCUCUGAUGCAGGUAAUAAAUGAAUAUUGAUGCAAACAUCGUCUGCUGCGGUGCUCUUUGUUAAGUGGCCAGCUGGAGCGUUCACUGAAACGGGAUGUUUGAGUUAGUCCAUUUUGUGGACUGCGGUAAAAAGGAUGGGUGUUUGUUGGAUAGAAGUUUAGUAUAAACAUAACAUGUCUUAAAGGUGGGGUAGGCAGGAUUCCAUUAAAGAAGCAUUUUUUUUUUGUGCUACAAAAAAGCUUUUAAUAUCAGUCAAUCAGUCCGUGUCGUUAACGUGCCCAAACAAGGUUAGCGUGCUACAAUAUCGGACAGUAGAAACCAACCAGAAAGUACAGAAAAUUGUCUGAAUCCUCCUUUGGCCACGACUGCCGACACAAGCAAGAUAAUGAAAUAAAUACUAGAGACUCUGGCGGAAUAACGGGCGCUUAAAAUGGAGGUAGACCGGACAAGAGCUAGAAAGCCAGGUCAGCAUAAAAGACUGGGACACUUCAGGAUCUUCCAGACCCUGUAACCUUUCAGCUGGACAGGUAAACCACUUUAACAAAGUAAACCAAGUGUCUGUAACAGAAGUGUUUCUUGUCAUACGGGACCUGCUGCAUGUUGUAGUGCCGCUAAACUGUUGACCUCGGGUCCUGGACUAUGUCACUUGAUGCUAGUUGUAGAAGUCCUGCAAAGAAUGUGUUUGCUGGUAGUCUGUUGGCAUCUACAGUAGCACCAAUGCUUUUUACUUUCAUGUUAACUGGGCCCCAUUUGUAUUAAUCUGAAGUAUUUAUCUGCAUUAUAUCUGAUUUGAUUGAAACGAUAUGAGCGAGGAUGAGCGUCUAUUUGUGGGCAGGCCUUGCUAGAGCAGCGAGGGAGGGGAGAGGAGGAGCUGAGGGGAAAACUGGUUGGGAGAGGUAGAGUUUACAUUCAAGAAUACUCCCAAAAACUGACACUUCCUCAGAUCCUGCCUACCCCACCUUUAAUAUCGUACAAGUGAUGUGACAUUUGAGGGUUAAUAUCCUACCAAGCAUUGUCUUUGUCCUCUAUUUAGCCCAAAUUUCCCUUUACAAGACAUAAGAAGAUAACUGACAUGAAAGUAUAACUUGAGUUCUAUAAGGCUGUUUCCAGCAAGCCCAUUUCAAAAGACUAAGACAGAUAACCAAUAUGCUAACAGGCGAAUUCUCUGAAAAUGUGUCUCAAACAGUUUUUAUAGUGAGCAUGUUUUCUCACAAAUCCUUUCAAUUCAUCAGCCUGGGAUGCACGUCAACGGAGCCCCUCAGAUGAUGCAGCCCCCCAGCAUGGGUGUUGUCCCAGGACCAAUGCCUGUGCAAGGACCCGGACCAGUACAAGGACAGGGACCAGUGGGACCUCCAGGUAAUCAUCAAACUGCAUGCAUGCAUCCUCUCAUCCCCCAAAGAAAAUACAACCCCAGAGGUUCUAGAUAUGAAUGUCUGAGGUCAUCCAUGGUUGCUGAGCGGUGUGAAUGUUUCAUUGCAUGAAUCCCUCCUGCAGAAUUAGCCCACCCGAUCACAAACUAAAUGACACAGCACACCCACACACUUUUUGGUCCAAAGAAGCAUCAAAGUCUCACCAAACUGAACAUAAUAGUGACGUUUACUGUCAAACCAGCCAAAACAACAUAAAUACACACAACAUGAGUAUAUUUGAUUUUGUGCAGCCACGCUGUAAUAGCAGUGGUAAAAAUGGUGUACGUGCUAAUACAUUCAUACAAGUGAAUAAGUGAUGAAUCACAAUCAGUCAUGAAUCAUUGAGCAAAAAAAGCCGAAAAUAUACCAGUGAUCUGUGAUGAUGAAGAUACACAAAAUAGGAACGCUAUUAAAAACACAGGACUUUAUCCACAUUAAGGAUCUCCUUUGAUAACACAAAAAAGGCUUUAUUGUCUCAUUAAGAAGAGUAAGCCUCUCUUUGGACCACCCUAGUUUGUAGAAACACAAAUCUGUAAUCUGUGUUGUAAAUUUAGACCGUUUAAAGUAAUGUAAUCAUUAAAAAACAGGAACUGAGUUUUCAGAUGUUAAAACUGCACAUUUGCGUAUCUGAACACAGAGUAGUGAAGUGAUGAGCUUCUCCUUAGUUAUUUUAUUAAAAGUGUGGAAAAAAAGUUUCAAACCACCAAGAAAUGUUGGAUUUUGCGGCUGCCAUGGCUCACUAAGUUCACUAGGUGUCAGCAGAGCCAAGUAAGAAGUUGCGUUGCCUGAUGAGGAGUUGCCCAUCAGGAUGGACUCCUCUGUAGCAGCCUCUCACUUAAUGUUUGGUUAGAGCUUCAUUCAGCUGCAGUAUUCACUGAUGUUAGGUUUUUAAAAGUUCCCUCUCCACCUGUCUGUGUGAGUGUGUGUGUGUGUGCGCGCAUCUGUGUUCAUGUCACAAGCACGCUUCAGACUGCCGUUAAAGUGCUGCUGCUUUGCUCUCUUGAGUCUUGUGUCUCCUGUUCUCUUCACUUUAAUGCUGGCUCAGGAAACCUUCAGCAUUCUCCCACAGGAGCGUCUGGGCAAGCUGCUAUCGAGCGGCCUCAAGGUAUCACUGUACUCUUUCACUUCUCCAGUCAGGUCACAGAACUGCUGUGGAGAGGUCACUGUGCAAGUACAUGAUGGCUGUGGGAUUAAGUUUAACUGUGUUGUUUGGCAGAGAGCAUGCACCACUGCCCCCCAAUAAAAAGUCAACAAAAUAACUUAAGACAUGCAAUUCUUAACUAUCUGUCUGUGUGAUAAGAAUUAUCUCUGAGUAUUAUCUGAGCGUGAGAGGACAAUAGCAGACCUGUAGAGGAAAAGGAACAGGUUUAGAGUGAGUGCCAGGAAGUUUUUUAAGAUUACUGAAAGUGUUUAAGCCAAAAUUAAGAGACAUCACAGUGUGGGUUCAGUGAUUAUCGUGUCCCCACAUGACCCCAGAGUUACUAUAAAAUGUUUUGAAUUAUUUAGAUCUCGUGUCUGCAGGAGUUGCUGUUUGUAAAAGACUUAAGAUCUAGUGAGGAGGAAUCGUAAGAUGAAAUGACACAACCAACCAAAGCAUGUGUAUUAACUCAGAAUGUUUGAAAGCUUAGUUUGAGUACAACAGCAGGGCAACAGCAGCAACACAGAAUAUCAUACACAUGAGAACUACUCAAUGCAGGGAUUAAAGAGCUGAUUUUAUAAGAUAGGCGUCACUGUCCCUUUGAGAAAAUCGUGCUUCACACAAUUAGCUGCAUCCACUGUCGUUUUACUUUUUUUUUUUUAUCUUUAUCUAGGCGAUCUUUUUUCUUUUAUUUAUUCUUCCCUUUUUUUUAAACAAACUAGUGUACUCGUGCUGCUAUCGCUUAGUAAACUCAUCCUGAUCCCAACCCAUCGGUCGUCAGUAUGGCUUGAUUGAAUAAAAAAUACAACUGUAACAAGAAGAGUAGGAACAAUAACAAUAAUAGUAAAAUAUAUACAAGUAAUAACAGCUGUCCUAUGUGAUAGUGACCAAACUAUGUGAUAGUAAAAACUCACAUCUCAGCUGUUAUUUUCAGUGAACAAAACUCUACAUAUGAACAAGUUUCAACCCAUGUUUUAGCGCACUGUUUCAGCUUCUAGAGACAAAAACUGACAUUUUGUAUAUAGGCCAUGGCUCAGCAGUAGAGUUGGUAAUUGUGACAUGGGGAGGGUUUGAUGGCAGGUCCCACUCUUCACAUGCAGAAGUGUCCUUGAAGACACUUACCCCAAAACUACCCUCACUGGCUGCUCCCAGCGGUCUGUAGAUGGGAUUAGUCAAUCCUGAUGGACACUUUACAUGGCAGCCUUCAGUGUCUUCAGUGUGUGAAAGGGUGAAUGCGGCAUGUAAUGUAAAAGCUCUUUGAGUGGUCAGAGGACUGAAAGCACAAUAUACAGUAUAGGGCACACUCACAUUUACACCUACAGCAAUUUAAAGCAGCCACUUUACAAGUGAGCAUGUCUUUGGACUGUGGGAGGAACCUUCCUGUAAAAAAUGCCAACCACGGCUCCACUGUGCGCCCCCAAACCCGAUCUUAUCUUUACAAAAUGCACAUUACUGUAUGAUAAUGUACCAUUGUUGGGAAAUGUUGGUUAACUCCAGGUAACAAAAAUACAAACUGGGUUGAUGCCAGGUUUGAGACAAUGCAGGCUUUCUUCCUGCUUCUCUCUUUCUCUGUGUCAGACGUCUCAGCACCAUGACGCUUGACGGCUGCCAAUGGAAACACACAUGUGGUACUCCAUAUUUCGAUUUAAAAAUCCGGGAAGACACACCUGCCCGUCACUGCUUAACUAUUUGAUUGUCCCAUGCCAAACAGCACAGUGUGACCUACAUUGUAAAUAAGCGGGUGUGACCCUGUUUAUGAUGCAUUUAGUCUGAGUCAGUCACUGGAAAUCAGACCACUGAUUUAUUCUUCAUAAUCUACGCUCUUUAUUUCCUCUUUGGCUUUCAUUUGGAUCAAACAUUCACUUGAUAUAAAACAAACAGCUGAUCAAAGUCAUUGCCAACAAUUAGACGUGUUCUCCAAGUCGCCCAGUGGCUAAAAUGUAAUUCUCUGACAACAAUGCAAUCCUUUGUUUGUUUCAGAUUUGUCGCUGGAAGCCUUAUUUUUUUAAACUGCUUAUCUUGCUUUUACUCUUUUAAUAAGAUUUUUCUCUUGAUUUUUAACCAAUAACCUGUUUUUAUUUUACUGUGAUAUUUCUCUGCUUUUAAGAUGUGGCCCUUUGAGGUCUCUUCAUAGACUGUAUAUACUAUGGACAACUUGGUUCCGCCUCCCGCCUGUACACAGAUUUGAAGCCAAAUAGCUCUCGGUAUUGCCGGGAUUUUUCUUCAUUUCCUGAAACCAGCGCUGUGCAGUAGCGAUGCGCGCAGUCGCCGAGAGUCACUGUGAUGACGCUUGGCUCGAAUAUGCAAUCCCUGAACACCCAUAGGCUGUAUCAAGUGUCAAUCAUAGAAAACAUGAACCCCCCUAAUGAUGUUUAAAAAUGGAGAUGGAGAGAAAAAAGAAGACUUGAGCACAAACCAGUCUUACUGUAACUACAUGUCAACAUCGCAAGUAGGGGGGGAGAAAAAUUUGGGUUCUGUGUAAUACAUUUCUAAAAUUUGUCCACAGUCCCAUAAGCUUUGCUGAAGGAGGCAGGAUUUAUGACCUAUACUGCAGCCCGUCACCAGAGGGUGCUGUUCCCAGAGUGGCUUCACCCAGCGAGGAGGCAGACGGCGUCCAUUCUAUAUACAGUCUAUGGGUCUCUUUAAAUGCCAGUUAAUUGACUCGACCAAUUAUUCACUUAAUCUCUAUAGUGGACAGCUGGUCCGAUUUUAGCUAUUUGCUUGUGACAGCUUUUUUACUUGCUGUCUGAAGUAAUUGCCCUUUUUUUUUUAUCCCACAUAGCCCCGAACAGCUUCUUUGUCUUUUUUGCAUCAGUUUAAUAUAAAUAAAUAUUAAUAUUCCAGCAGAAUUCUUGACCCAAAGUGGAUUAAGUAAAGUUCUAUUGUGCAAGGCAUAUUCUUCCCCAUAUUGUCUAUAUUCUAAACCAGUUUUUAAUUUGCAUUUAGCCUUUAUUUUACCAAGAAGUCCUGUUGAGAUUCAAAAUCCCUUGGAAGAGAGACCUGGCCAAUGUGGCAGCUGGUCCGAGUCACAAACAAAUGAAAUCUGUCCCUAAUAACAUAUUUAACAGCUCGAAAACAGAUAUUCAAAGACACAUCAGGCUUUCAGGAAAAAAAUUAAGGCCCCUGUCUCCAAAGUUUUUAAUCUCUGGACAAUAAUUAACAUUGUUCACACAAAUAGGUGUGUAUGACUGCUUAUGGCGGGGCACUAUAGCUAAUAAAAACCUCCUGAAUGUUCUGCCUGUGUGUCUCUUGGCACCUCCCAGUCACUGCCAGAUCAUUUUUUCUCCGGAGUUGUACCACAAACUUUGCUAUUUGUGGUUUCUGAAAGUCCUGGAGAGACCUGAGCUCUCACUGGUGCAUGUGAACCACAGAAGCUCUCUCUCCAUGAUGUAACACGCUGGCAGAUGUUGAGGUGGAGACAUGAUUCCUGCCCUAAAAAGGCCUAUUCAUUCUACCUUUCUGUGUUUAUGUGCUGUUUUUAGCCACAGUGCUGUUGCCAUGGCACUGUGGGCAAAUUUGGCUCAGCCAUACACGGGUGUGACGCCCACCCCCCUCCAUACUUGUGUACAGACACCAUGGUCCACUGCACCUGACAGAAUUUAACUUGGCCUUUUGUUUGGCAGCUAAUUAAAAUCAGAUGUACGAUUUAGAAUAGUAAAAACGCAACAAUUAAUAUAUUCACUCCUGACAGAUUUUCUAAAACAACCCACUCCUGCUCUGAAUCAGUGAGAAAUCAGCAGGCUUUGAGGUAAAACCUGCGAUUUUUUUUAAGUCAGCAGUGCAUAGAAAGUUUUUGAAAAUUAGCAGCAAACCUAAAAAGAAUCUAUGACUGUAAAGCCAGGUUGAAGAUGGAAAACAAGAGGUCUGUGAUUCAAAUGAGCUGCAACACUUUAUCAGGAUCACGCUGUUAAAGCUAAAGAAGCGACUUCAUUUUACUUUGCUCACUCUAAGAAGACUCAUGCUUUCUCCUUGCUGCAAGAUAAUCAGAGUCGUCCCUCAAAUCAGACCUUUGAUUCUGACAGUCCGAUCUGUUUUGUGUAUCCAGACAUCACCAAUCUAUCUGUAUGAGUUGCCAUGGAAACCAUGCAGGUGUCCAUUUGUAAGCAUCAUGUCGUAGCUGUCAAACCUAUCAGCACAAUAAAUGGAGAUCCGUCAUCUUGCCCACAAAGCAUAUGGCUGUCUAGUUGCGGUGCAGAAAUCUUCUGUCACGCCGGAGAAACUCGAUGAUGUGCCGUGGGAUCAGAAUUAACUAACUACAAGCCUUGUGUCUAACUCGGAUUAGAAUCAUAUCCUCGGCUCUUUUGAAUGCGCCACUAUUUUUCAGGGUUUUUUUUUUUCUGGUCAAAACCAUUGCCAAGAUUUUUUUGCGUAUCGGUUAAGUAAAAAUUUAAACACAAAAUGUAAAAUGAUAAAAGGAACAAGGAGAGUCCAUUAACUCCAAGUGUUCUCAGUCUGCCCCGAGUGAACUCCUCUGCUCCAAGUUUUCCCAUUUCAAGUUUGCUCAAUGGUUUUUGAAGCUCCAGUCUAAGUCGGUUUUUGACGCCUCUUGUGGACAAAAAAUUCCUCUAAUUCCUUUGCAAUUUUUUCCAUACAUGUUUUCUGUCUUCAGUGUCUUACGGGUGCUUCUCUUGACACCUGUAUUUGUUCCAGGUCAAAGCGAAAGCAGAAACAUCUUAAAAAUUCCACAUUAUUGGCUGAUGGCUUAUUCUUUACUCUUGAGUCAGCAAAGUUUAAAAUGAACCCACCAAAGAAAAUCUCACUUUACUGCUCGCCAAUAUCAGGUUAAAUGAGCUCGAUUUCCACCUAAAGUUGAAUGAAAAUGAAGCUGUCAUGUAACUAACACAGUGACCCAUUUCGGGCUCAUUUAAGAUCAGAGCUUUGACAUUGAGAGUCAGGAGAAAAUAACAGUAAUUACUAAAAGAUUGUGCCCAAUCAACUCAUUGGUAUUUUGGUAUUUGGAUGCUAUUAUACACUUGGGUAACCUGAUGAAAGGCUGACACACCUGUUGUUGUACGUGAUCUCUCUACAUGCUUCCCAUCAUGCUGUUCUUGUGGUUAUAGCAACAGAGUUACAGGAUACAAGUAGGAAAAUACUCUCAUGUGUUUGAAACCUGUGACCUUCCUCGUAAAUGUUGGUUAGAGACUUUUCUUUCUGAGAAUGAUGAACCUCAUCACACGUGUGUGUUGUGACAUCAGACUGGUCAGUGUGUAGUUCAUGGUGUGUCUCAUUUAUCCAAAACAGCUCUGAUUGUUUGCUGAUCUUUCUUUUCUAUGAAACCACACAACCUGUUAUGUCUGUUUGUGUGUGAGAAAGAGUGUGUGUGUGUGUGUUGUUUUCUUUACCAGUCACAGCUUAUUUGGACUGAAUGAGUCAUGAAACAUUUCCUUCAUGUAUGAACAAAAAAGAAAAAAAGAAUGGAGGUCCUCUGCAUUGUUGAACGUUUGUUUUUCUCCUCUAAGGACCUGGAGGUAUCCCGCCCAGAGGCCUGCUAGGAGAUGGUCCCAAUGAUCCAAGAGGAGGAACUCUGAUGACCGUCACUGGAGAAGUCAUCGACCCAAAGUAAGAUUUUCUCUUGUUUUAUUAUUAUCAUAAUUACAGGACAGAAUGAGUCAUUUCAGGCUUACAGUAUAAUACCUAAACUUCCUGUUGUUUCCUUAAGAAAUGAAACAAAACCUUUUUGAAAGGGAUUUCACGUUUUAAUAAAGAAAUACACCCUCAGCAGGGCUCGACAGUGCGACCGUUUCACUCGCAUUUGCAACUAAAAAUAGAUGUGUGCGAAUUGUAAAAUGUAUUUAGGGGCACAUGUGCGCAUAAAAAAAUUAGCCGAGGAAACAAAUGUUUUUUCACGUAAACACCGCGGUGAAGUUAGUUUAAGGUUGGAUAUCUGACGGACAUUCACUGCCGAUCUACUGUUGUCUUCUCACCCUCCAUAACGGGUAAUAGCAACAGCAGCGCGGUUAAAUCCUCCCUGUCAGCAUCAGGUGUUGAAUAAGGGACCGUCAAUAAAUUACUGGUUGAUGUUCUCAAAAAAGGCAGUUUUCCUUCAAUAGCUUCCAUGUCAUGUGACUGAUUGACCUAAAAUUGAUUUCAAAUUAUUGUACUUAUGUCGACCAAUAAGACAAACAUUAUUUGAUCAAUUUUCAUUCUGCCCCUAAAGUUCUUUGUGUGCUCCUUACUUUUUCAACUUAGGAGCACCUUGUGAAAAAUGUUAGUGUCAAGCCCCGCUUAGAGACAAAAUACAUUUUAACAGCAGUGCACAAAUCCCACUGUUGCUAAAGAAUUAAAAAUUUGGGGUUUUUAGUCAAACCUUCACAAUCAAACCUGCUCAGUGUUCUGCCAUUACAACACCCUGAAGGUGAGGCAGCUUCAGCAGCAGGAAAUGUUUACACUUGGCAGUGUCUGUAAAUGUGAUUGUGGCAGCUAGGUGUGUAAAACGAUGACAUUUGUGAUAACUUGUGUGCAAAGUCUUGUAGGUUAGUAGGUUCUCUUUUGCUAUUCAUUAACAUGAAACACAGUAAAUACAGCUAAGACUGUAGCCUGCUAGCUUCUGGGAAACAGGUGGAUUCUGUUAUUACUACAAGCAACAUGCAAGGCUUUAUUCCAAUUUUGUUUCCUGCGUGUUCAAAGUGCUUAAAAGUUUUCCAGUUAUACCCUGAACUCUGAAUAACGGGUCAUGUGUCUGUAUCUUUGUAUAUAAAGGUAAUUUGAAUGAUGACAGACUGAGUAAAAACUACAAACAGAGGUCAUUACUUCAUGUUCAGUGUAGCGACUAUGCUGACCUGAAUUUUGGUCACUGUCUGGGUGCAGGAGCGAGGUGUUUUUGACGCACUUCUAGAACAAUCCAAUGUCCAAUCCAAGGUUGUUGUUGAGUUAUAUUUUUGCCAUUUAUUGAUUAAAUAAAAAACAAACAAAAAAAGACAAAUACGUCCAACUUACUACAAUGGUGUGGCUCGUGAUGAGGGUGAGGGGGAUCACUGCCUCACCUGUGUCCCUUUUGUAGCAUUUACCUACCCAGUCACCUGAAGUGCCCCUUGUGGUGAUUUUGCGAGAAACAAAACAAAACCCAAAAUAUAAUACAGAUAAAAUGGCUCAUACAUUCAGUAUUAAACUGCAGGAAAAAGCAGACUCUGAAAUAAUAAGCGCCUAAUCAUGACAGACCUGAACUGUGAAAUUGUCCUCCAUACCAAGCUCUAUUUGAUCUUUUAAUAAAGUUGAGUUUGUCUUGUGUCUGUGUCCAUGAAGCCGGGGCUACAUGGGAGCUCCUCCACCCCACCAAGCCCCACCUGUACACAUGGCCCCCAUGGCAGGCGGACCCCCUCCAGAUAUGAGAGGACCUCAGAUGGACAUGAGAGGCCCACCCAUGGGUGAACCCAGAAAUAUGAUGGGAGACCCCAGAGGGCCCCCGAUGAUGGAGCAGCGGGGACCCCCCAUGGAGACCAGAGGUGCCGCUCUACAAAGAUUUCAUCAUUCUAAACUUUGACUUCAUUCUGGUUGAAUUUAUAUGUGGCUCUGAGCACAUAGUUGACAUUACACUUGAAACAGAUCUCAGAUCAGUUUCAGUCUCAGCUGCUAGUCUAACCAGAUGUCACUAAAUCCAGUCAUUUGUCAUGUCUGAAGGUUUUCACACAAUAAGAGCUGUUGUUUGUUCUGAUAAACCACUUUUUUCCUGCUGAGAUGGCUCCACUUGAUAAACUUUUCCUCUUUCCUUGUGUUCAGUAAUCCAUUACCUUAUUUUUUUAAAGGUUGUCGAAAUCAUUUAUCUUGCAGGUCGAGACCCGAGGGCGAUGGAUGCCCGCGGUCCAGUGACUGGACAGAGGGUUCCCAUGGCAGCAGGAAUGCCAGGCCCUGUUCCUCAUAACAUGGGUGCCAACGCCCCUCCACCUGCAAGACCGGUAACAGCUGCAAUAACAAAAACAUAUCUCUGUCUUCACUUCAGGGCUCUUUUCCUGUUUUUAAACAGCAUAGAUACAUCUGCAUUAGGUUUAUUUAGCUUACGCCUUAAGUAAAGAAUUUUUUCAUGUCAAUGAAAUACACUGAGAUUCACAUUGAUGCCUUCUCAUGAUAUCCAAUAUUGAAGCAAAUCAUCAGCUGCAAGUCUGACAGUUUUUGUCUGGUAACUUUUAAUACAAGGGGUGUCAGAGGUGUUCAUGCUGAUGCUGGAGUGGAAGACCUGUUUUGACAAUUUCCACAUUAAAUAUUCACAUUGGUAAAUUACAUAUCUGACUAUCAGAAGUCAGUGGGAUGAGAUUUUUGCAAAAGUCAUGAGUUAAAGACCCACUCCGAUGAAAAUCAUCUUGUUUUUUUAUAUGUUCAUAUGGCAUUUUUCUGAUGCUACAGGACAUAUCAUGAGAAAACUAAGUGUGAAAUUACUUUUCUGAGUAUUUCUUCAUUCAAAUCGCUGUAAAUCUCUGACAGACCCAAACAGAAGGUUCAGAAACUGUGAGAUGUCAUACAUAACCAAUCCAAGCUCCGUCCCCGGAGCCUCGCUAUGCAGGCCAGGCUCUGAGGAAUAGAGAGAGCAAUCGCGGAACAAGCGUGUGUUAGUGGAUUGCAAUACUCUUAAGAAAGCUAAUUAUGAUAUUAACUUUCAUUGUGUCCCUAAAGACAUCAGUGUCUAAAAGCUGAAUAGCUCCUAUGUUACCUGCCACUUCUACUACACCGACAAUGUUAGGCCGCAAGCUAGUGUGAAGAGAAAUGUGCAGAGCAGCGCUGUCUCCGCCCACGACUCAGAGGCGAUUUGCUAAUGAUCUACUGGAGCGCUGCAGAGGAAAAGCCCUUGAAAAUGAGACGGGUAACGUGAUUUUUGGUAAAAAAUGUUAUAAUCACAAUUUAAAGACCACUGAAAACACUUUAAGGAGUAACAAAAAACAGUUGGAGUGGGACUUUAAGCAUGUUGAAGAUGCAAGAAGCAAAGACUCCUUUGUCCACAGGCAGCGCCAGAAUUGACCAACUGAAAGUUCCUCAUAGCAGCUUUAAUCCAAAUCAAUUGAGAACACAUGCACAUAACAGAACAGCUUAUAGUUGGGGUAUAAGGAGGGAGGUGGAAGAGCAGGAAAAGGUUUAAUUUUCAUCUUUUUCUUUUCUGUAUUCAGGAUAUUUUUCCUUUUCUUAAGAGCACAAAGACAAUCUGAAUUUGUUUUCACAGAGAAUUUGAUUCUCACCUCCUUUGAUUAGUUAGUUAUAAGCCUAUGAAUAUUUAUUUUAUUAAACAUUAACUUCCCACUGCAUAUAAACAUUUGAAAUGCUUAUAGGGACAGAUAGAUGCAUAACAAACACGGCUCUCUGCACAGAUUUGUUACAAUUACCCUGACGAUAAACAAUAAAACUAAACGUGUCUUUCCUGCAGGGUCCUGGUGUACCCUCAUCUGGAGGAGGCUUCAGUCCGGGACAGAGUCAGGUCUCCACACAGGACCAGGAGAAGGUGGGUAUCUUUUCAUACACUAACUCCUUUAACUCACAGAACCUAUGAAUGAUCUUCUCUCUGAUAUUUGCCGCUUGCAUACCUGCUGCUUUGGGAAAACACAGAUUCUUCAGAAACAGGCUGUGAUCAAUGAACAGCAGUUCACAGCAGCCAUCAAUCAUCAGCUUGUGAAAACGCCUCUGAGUCAAACUAAUCCUAAGCAUUCACUGAUGUGUAGUCAUCCUAUGCAUGUGUGCAUGCUCAUAACACCUGAGGCAGUAAAGCUUCUGUGAACUUAGCUGUGAUUGUUUGACUUCAACAAUAGCCGGUGACGCUCCGAAACAACAACAAGAUUAUCAGAUAAGAUAUUUAACUGCACUGUUACAUAAGAACACCAACCAAGUUCAUAUGGAGAGCCCUAUAGGAAACAUUUGAAUCAAACUGUUCUGUAUUUCUCUCUUUCCAGGCCGCCCUGAUUAUGCAGGUCCUGCAGCUGACCCCAGAACAGAUAGCCAUGUUGCCCCCAGAGCAGCGACAGAGCAUCCUCAUCCUCAAAGAGCAGAUCCAAAAGACCGCCGGAGGUGCGACUUGAUGGCCUCACAGAUGGAAAACCUCCAUAGAGAGGUUCCCUGUAAGGUAAGACUUCUGCUCUUUGCUUCAGCAUCAGAAAUGAACAAACACUUUUGCACUGUCAUGUAGCUGUGCUCUAAUCCCCGUUUUUCUUCCUUCUUUGUCUGACUUUAGGACAGUCUGCUCCACCCUGCUCCCUCCUUGAACAGCUCUGAAAAAAUCUCUUUAGCUCGGAUUAAUGUAUAGUUUUUUUUUUAAUCUGUGGUCUUUUUUUCUGUGAGAGUAAAAAGAGAGUCAAGGUUGUGUUUGUGGAUUCAGAAAUAAGCGAAGCUCCUUUGAACAGAUGAAGAACAAAUAAAGUUCACCAUUGGAUUGUCACAUGGUUCCAGCUUUUCCUCCCCAAAGUCAGUUGUUUUCAUUUUUUUUUUUAUUGUUAGAUCCAGAAACUCGCCGUAAUUUGUUUUUGUCAAUAAAAUGAACACAAAAAAAGAUA